ACAACCCCCCACAACCCCCCACAACCCCCCACAACCCCCCACAACCCCCCACAACCCCCCACAAACCCCCACAACCCCCCACAACCCCCACAACCCCCCACAACCCCCCACAACCCCCCACCCCCCACAACCCCCCACAACCCCCCACAACCCCCACAACCCCCCACAACCCCCACAAACCCCCCACAACCCCCCACAACCCCCCACAACCCCCCACAACCCCCCACAACCCCCCCCCCACAACCCCCCACAACCCCCCCCACAACCCCCCACAACCCCCCACAACCCCCCACAACCCCCCACAACCCCCCACAACCCCCCCCCCCCCACAACCCCCCACAACCCCCCACAACCCCCCACAACCCCCCACAACCCCCCACAACCCCCACAACCCCCCCACAACCCCCCCACAACCCCCCACAACCCCCCACAACCCCCCACAACCCCCCACAACCCCCCACAACCCCCCACAACCCCCCACAACCCCCCACAACCCCCCCCCCCCCCCCCACAACCCCCCACAACCCCCCACAACCCCCCACCCCCCCCACAACCCCCCACAACCCCCACAACCCCCCACAACCCCCCACAACCCCCCACAACCCCCCACAACCCCCCACAACCCCCCACAACCCCCCACAACCCCCCACAACCCCCCACAACCCCCCCCCCCACAACCCCCCACAACCCCCCACACCCCCACAACCCCCCACAACCCCCCACAACCCCCCACAACCCCCCACAACCCCCCCACAACCCCCCACAACCCCCCACAACCCCCCACAACCCCCCAACCCCCACCCCCUUUCCUCCCCCUUCCUCUUCCCCUCUCCUGCCCCUUCACCCCAUCCCCCCAUCUCCCCCCAGGCCCACGUUCCUCAUGUUCUACGCGCCGUGGUGCCCUCACUGCAAGCGCAUGGAGCAGUCAUGGCGGGACCUGGCACAGAAGCUGAAGGAGAAGGACUUCAACGUGCAGGUGGCGCGCGUGGACGCGUACCGCUACCCGCAGCUCGCCGAGGAGUUCCAGAUCCCAGGGUUUCCUACACUAGUGCUGUUCGACGGUGAGCGGCAGCUGGGCAUGCACCGCGGCAAGCGCGACGUGGACACGCUCUUGGGCUUCGUGGAUGCGAUGCUGUUGUGACUGGAGGAGUGCGGGUGAAGGGGGGGGUAGUGCGGGGGCGGGGGCGGGGGCCCGGUGUGGGGUGGCUGGGGGGUGGUGGUGGGGUGGUGGUAUACAUGGGCUGGGACCGAGAGACGGAGGGGUAAAUCACUGGUGUAGUGAAAAGGGAGGAGGCAAAGGCAAUGGGAGCUAGUCGUUAGUGUCAAACAUAUCGUUGUAUGUUAUAGACUAUAUAGGGUCGUGCCUUAGAGAGUAAAACCCCCAAAGUUGUAUUCCCUUCUAUCCUACCAUUCCAGUCAUUCGUUCGCUU